GAUCUGUAUCUGACUGCGGUUGAGUGGACUUCGACAUGGCUUCUCGGGAUUGGAAUCAGCUGUCGCCGAGGCUGACAUCAUGGGUAGCCGAUGCGGUUCAGUCGAUGGGAUAUGCCAAAAUGACGCCAGUGCAGGCUUCAGUGAUUCCUCUGUUUUGCGGGAACAAGGACGUCGUUGUUGAGGCGGUUACAGGAUCCGGGAAGACGAUAGCAUUUGCUAUUCCAAUCAUCGAACGACUGCUCAACACAAGCUUAGUUUCGCGAGGCCGUAUUGGUGCUAUGGUCAUUGCUCCAACAAGAGAACUAGCGACUCAGAUUUACAAAGUCAUAAACUCGAUCCUGGCAUUCCAAGGAGGCGAGGAAGGCGCCGAGGACGAGAGCAAGCCCACAAAACGACUACGGUCUCAGUUAUUGAUCGGAGGCGCUUCGAACGUGAACGCGGACGUGGAAACGUUUUUGGAUAAUAACUCGCAUAUUGUGGUUGGCACGCCAGGACGGCUGCUGGAAUUUAUAAAGUCUCCGAAAGUGCAGGUGUCUAAUCUCGAAGUGUUGGUGCUGGACGAAGCAGAUCGAUUGCUGGAGUUGGGGUUCGGACAGACGUUGGAUGGUAUUAUACGACGUCUUCCAAAGCAGCGACGGACAGGACUUUUCUCGGCUACCGUCUCUGAUGCAGUUGGUGAGCUUGCCCGUGCGGGACUACGGAAUCCGGUAAAGGUGGUGGUGAAGACGGGAAACGGAUCGGGGGAGCAGAAAGUACCCACGACGUUGCAUGUGUCGUACACCGUUCUCACUCCGGAAGACAAGCUGCCUGCGCUGAUUGAGUACCUAAACACACUGACCUACAAAAAGACGAUUGUUUACUUUGCGACGUGUGCUUCGGUUGUGUAUUUCUACUCUGCGCUGUCGAAUCUCAAGUCAAGUGUGAUUUCUGAUGAGCUAAGCAUCUUUUCACUUCACGGCAAGCUUCCGCAGGGUCCGCGGACAAAGACGCUAAACAACUUUAUUUCCAGCUCGAGUCGGUCAGUAUUGUUGACGACAGAUGUGGCCGCGCGUGGGCUUGAUAUUCCAGAGGUGGAUAUCGUUAUCCAAUUUGACGCGCCGUACGAGGCAAAUAUGUUUCUGCACCGCGCAGGUCGCGCUGCACGAGCAGGCCGGUACGGCGAGGGAUAUCUGAUGUUGUCCGAGGGUCGAGAGGAGGAUUAUAUCGAGCUACUGAGAGUGAAGAAGGUAAAGAUUUCCGAGGCAGAAAGACCGUCGCUCGAGAAGAAGCGGGCAAAGUUCUACAAGUUACUGCGGAAGUGGAUGCUGGAAGACCGAGAACGACACGAUCAGGCGGUGAAGGCGUAUGUCAGUUAUGUGCGGUUUUAUACGAAACACACGAUGACGUCUAUUUUCCGCAUGAGCGAGUUUGAUUUUUUGGGGUACGCGCGUGCGUAUGGCUUGCUUAGGCUGCCAAGUAUGCCGGAGCUGAAGACUCUGGAGGGGCUUCCUGAGGGAGGAUGGUUGGAGAAGGAUUUUGAUAUGAGUGCGUAUACCUAUAAAGACAGCAAAAGAGAAGAGCAACGCCAGAUUGAGAUCAAAGAGAAAGAAGCAAAGACAGCGGCAGCCAAGGCCAAGUCCGAGUCCAAGUCUAAAGCCAAGGAGAAGCCCUCACUCCCCAACACGCCGUGGUCAGCGAAAGCCGAGCGGCAGGAGAAGAGGGAGGAGCGGCAUUCGAAGAAGCAGAAGCGGGCGAUUGCGGUUGCGCAGGUAAAGGUUGGGGAAGAGAGCAGUUCGGAUGAGGAGAUGGAGGAUGAUUGGAAGAAGAUGGUGAGUGAGCGGAAAGCGAAGAAGCAGAAGACGGUGCCUGUUUUUGAUCUGUGAACAGUGUGUAUAUAUAUCUACUACAUACAUUACAUCUACAUCUACAUCUAUAUAUAUAACUAUACAAAAC